AUUGCGGACCGGUCACGGUUCGAAUAACAAGUUCAUAGUGACAGUGGAAAGAGAAGUACUCCGUUAUAUGUCUCGAUUUCCUUGCCGCGGAGAGGAAGCUGCACUCGGCCUUUCGCCGAUCACGCGUGUCUCUCGUGUGUUAGCGAUUUGUAUUUUGUGCACGUAAAAGAUCGGACGAAGGGACAGCCGGUAAUCACGGACAAUCUCUGGAGAGAUAUUCUGCGAUCUUUGCGCUACGAAGCAGGGCCAACGAGUAACGUCUCUAGAGAGCGGUAAGUGAUCUUCCCAGGAAAGCCAGAAGAGUUGCUGAGCGUCUGACGAGAAGAUGCCGCUUCCAAAGCGACUGGUCGAGCCAGUGCUGGUCGCACGCGGCACCAUACCCGAGGACUUCCCGUUGCCGUCUGAGUUGGAGGCUGUAACCAAUGGCACCCUGGCCAACACCAUCAGGCAACUGUCCAGCCUGUCGAGGCACGCCGAGGAUCUGUUCGGUGAGCUUGCGAGGGAGGCUCACAGCUUGAGCGACAGGGCCAACUCCUUGCAGGCCAGGAUAGACCGGCUAGCUGUCAAGGUUACCCAACUCGACAGCAACGUGGAGGAAGUUUCGUUGCAAGAUAUACAUAUGAGGAAAGCGUUCAAGAGUUCAGUGGUGUUCGACCAGCAAGUAGUCUCCAGGGACACUAUGCCAACAGCGAUGAUGGAGACCUAUCAUCAGUGUGACACACCACCUCCUCUUGACAAACUUAACGUUUACAGGGAGGACGGGAAAGACGGAUUGAAGUUUUAUACAGACCCAAAUUACUUCUUCGAGCUGUGGAGUCAGGAGAUGUUCAAGGACACCGAAAAGAAAUUGCACGAUCGGGGGAAGAAGACCGAGUCUGAAUAUGCCGAACCGUUCAGAGAGCCGCAUAGGCCUCGGAACGAGGGUGGCGGCGGAGGCGGUGGCAGACACAAGAAGCGUAUAAGGCAGCCGCACAACACGAGAGAAAGGCAGAAGCAAUUAGCGGUGGGUCAUGGCGAGUACAUUAUGCCGACGCAAGGAGUUCAAUACAGAGCACCGCAUAAUAUACCGGACGAAUCGUUGCUGGGGAUGGUGAUGACCGAGCCACGGCCACCCAGGCCGAACAGUAUUGAACUCAGACGAAGUUAUCCGCCGGAGGAGCAACAUCUGUACAGUCCUCCUUCUUCCGAUCACUAUAGGGCAGCGAAUUACGUGACCCAGGGCUACGAAGACAGUUUGUACGGGUCACACUAUGGCACGGGACAGGGGCAAGCGGGUAGCGAAACGUACCAGAGUCCUGGUGGUCAAAGCACACCGAGCAGAAGUGGUAGAUCGCGACCUUCUCAACCACCGCCAGCACCACCGAGCAAUACUUCUAGCAAUUCAACGCCUACCGUAGCCUCAGCUAACAAUACACCGACACGGGGACGGUCAAUGAGCACCAGCAGGGAUACUCUUCCACCACCACCUCCGCCUCCUGGUGAAACUAUGUCUCCCCCUCCUAUGAACGGUUCCAUACCGUCACAUUUAUUGAAUAGAAAUGGAAGUCGUUCGAACAGUCCGUUACCCAGUCAUCACUCCACGCCCACACCACCAAAUCAUUCGACUCAAAUUGGGCAGGAUGAGACCGACCCUGCUCCGCAAGAUUUACCGCCCCCGCCCCCCACUCCUGAUCCCACACCGCCCAGACCUAUUUCUCCGCCUUGUAAUAUUCCGCCCCCUCCGCCACCCCCUCCACCGCCGCCUGUUCUUAAUGGACCCACGCCGCCGCUACCCCUAACCAACGGCGAUAUUGCUAAAAUGAUAGCGACUAAUCCACCGAAGUUGAAACCCCUGAAACCUUUGGAUAAUAUGGACGGGCCAUUGAGGAAGCCCCUUAAUCCAAAUAUCCCCCUCGUCGAUCCACGAAACGAUCUACUUAAAGCAAUUAGAGACGGGAUAAAAUUGCGCAAGGUGGAGAAAAUCGAGCAAAAGGAAGUGGAACGCGUGAACGCAUUGUACGACGUUGCGUCCAUAUUGGCGCGGCGCGUCGCCGUCGAGUUUAGCGACAGCGACUCAGCGUCGGAGAGCGAAUGCGACAGCGAGGGAUGGAGCGAGCAAGAGACGAAUCUCGCGUGACCAAACUCGCUUCCAUCCACUGCCACUGCCACCUAGAAAAAAUGGCUGACGAAUUUUUCUUUGUUCUUACACUGUCUACGUUUCGUUCGAAAUUUCGACGCCCGUCGCGUCCUCGCGCUGCUGAAUAGGAAGCUCGUUCGACGUUUUUUUUCGCGCGCGCGCGUACGCGGUGUCGGAUUUGAAAGUAGAAUCGGAAUCAGAAUCAGAAUCAGAAUCAGAAUCAGAAUCAGCGAGUUUUUCGUUGCUCGGUUGUUCGCGUUAUGUUGUUUUUUUUUUAGUACAGAGAAGCGUAUAAGUGCAGUAACCGUUACUAUAAGUAGAACCAUUAAAAUGAUAAAUGUUAAUUCACAACAACGAUUACUUUAUUACACACCAUUUCAUCACCUCCGACAGGGUUAAUUUUUGUUUUUUGUUACGAGCGGCGAGUAUCGAGUAACUUGUUUUUUAUGUUAACCGCGGGCUCAAUUCGCUAGUAUGUACGCGAUCGAAAGAACACUAUAUGAGAAUAUUUAGCAUGCCUCGAACGAUUCUAGGAAUCGUCAGCCAGAAAUCCUUUAUUAUUUAUUGCAGUUAUUAAGAUCCGAUUGAGAAGGAAAAAAAAGAGAAAAAUCUAUCGUGGAGUAAUAGUAGACUAAAAUAAGGAGAGAGUCUACAAAGCAUGAUAAACAUUUAAGUUCAUGUAAAUUUAGAAUCUUUCCGAAGAACAGACACGUACACACUUAUUUCCUAUAUCGCAGACUCUACUGGUUUCGUUUCGUUGUUGGUAAAGGAGCAUAAAAAUUUAUGAAAUAGAUGUAACUACAUGUCUUUCCGAUUCUCUGAUUUUUAAGCAGAAUUCAACGAAGGUAAUGAAGAUAAUAGAAUAGUAGAGAAUACGCGGAUAAGACGAAGGUACGCACAUGAAAGGAGGCGUCGACCUCCUGUCAUUGCUCGAUGUUGGUUGUAACGGAAGUGUUUCCUUAUCGGCACAUUCCAUGUUAAUAGUAAUACCAUGUAACGCAAUAAACCUUUCCCCCCCGAUCUGGACACUCGAUUGUUCACUUACCAGUCAUAUACAUGAGGAAGACGUUAUAUUUGUAAAUCUGUUAGAUAUCUCAAAUAAUUCAAAUCUUAUUAUUUCUACACGAGCAACGGAAUCAUUAAACAAUUUCACCAACGACGUUUCAAUCACUCAUAGCUUGAUCCUCUUUGGGUCAACAAACAAUAAGGAAAUAUUAAUGAAAUGAAUUAUUUUCCAAAUUGGUAAGAGAAAUUAGAAUAUAUAAUAUAUUACUUUAAACCUACAUUUUUAAUUCAUCUUACCAAUUUGGAAAAUUGUUACAUUUCAUUGUUAUAAUUUGUUACUGAUGACUUAAAGAGUAUCGGUGCCAUGGGUGAUAAAAUUCUACUAUCGUCUUUAAAUUUUCUACAAUAUCUUUAAUAGAAUAUAGACAUCUUUUAACACGAUUAAACUACCUUCAUUAACAAUCUUGAUGUAUAUAUAUUCAAUAAUCCUUAAGAACUGUAGGUCACUUUAAUGUAAUUAAAGCGAAAAGAUUCUUAUCGAUCAAAGGCAAGGAAAUUUACGGUAAUUCUUAAACCUAAAUAAUUCGUAAUUACGAAGUCAGAAAUAAGAGGUUAUCAUCGUCGAGCCAUGUAUAUGACCGGGUAGUGUCUUAAAACUAAAAACGUGUGCUCUGUGUAUAUACACACGUUACGCGAGAGUGCGUAUCGUACGUGAACUAAGUCAAAAUCGCAGAGUUAAUAUUUUUUCCCCUCCUACCCCCCCUUGUCGUGUAUAAGUCUGUAAAAUACUUGUACCUUAAAUGUUUUUGUAUGCUUGACGAAUAGGCAGGUACGCGAGCUACGUCUCGGCGUGAGUAACCGGCAGGUGGUUUUUUUUUUUCCCGAUCUUUUCUACGUUUCCAAGUGAUCUUCCAUGUCCGCGGAUCGAUUCGCGAUAUCGUGGGAGAACGAACGUUCUUACCAGCGAAGUGUUGAAAACCAAAAUAAUACUCCGUUUUACUUGUAAGGGGAAUGUAAUUACCGAACGAGUGAGAGGACUCAAUAUUUUUUAGCGUUUAGAGGAAGAAAACUUAAUAUAGCGAGAUAUACUACUGUUACGGUGAGGAUUACAGUUGCCAAUUUUACGCAGAAAGGAUAAUGAUUGUGAUUUAUUUUGCAUCGAUGUUGGUGAGGUAUGAUGACUAUUGCUAGGAUGUGACAUAUAUGUAUGCAUCAACAUUCUAUAUAUAUAUAUAUAUAUGUGUGUGUGUGUAUGCGUGUUUGUAUGUACAUAUAUGUAUAUGUACAUGCGUACAUUGCAUACGUUGUAUAUGUUAUACACAAUGUUUUAUUUAUAUGUUAACUUACUAUCUGCGUUGCUUUUGUCGGUAUGGUAUCGACGAGGAAUACUUUGUUUCGGAACGACACAUAUUUUAAUUGUUUAAUUAACCUUCUAAAGGUUUCUUUUCGGAGAUUUCAAAGUUCUCGAUAUUUUUUUUUUUUUCUCGUAUACGGGGCUCAGAAAAAUUAGGAAGUGUACGUUUUAGGAAGUUCGAUGAAAUGGACUAAAUAUUAAGGAUGAAAUAGAUAUUGAAUAUUUAACGUAGUAAUAUAUUGGAUAUCUAAUUUAUGCAGCGUGUUGGAAUUCUUUAAAGUUCUGGAUAACUAAUUAAGUGAAAGAGUCACUUGAUCAGGAAAUCCUUUACUUAUAUCGCGCACAAAUACACAAGCUCAACCAUGAUAUGGUGACCGUUAGAUUAUUAUUAUUAAACAUCUUUAUUACGCAUAUGCGGAAGUAUAUAUACGAAUAUUUAUAGAUAAAAUAUAAUCAGAAUACGUGUAUGCAUAAGAGAAGUGAUACCUGGGUAAGAAGUAAAAUACUCGGAUCAGAUCGUGAUAGUUUGUGGAAAAGAAUAGAACAAGUUUAAAAUCCAUGUAUUUCUCUAGAAAACGUUAAUCGAAACGAAUGUUUUUUCUCGCAAUAUAAAUAUGUCCGUUCGAAUGAAACAGUAUCUUCCUUAUGUAUGUAUGUAUGUUUCUAUAUACUUGAAAGCGACGGUGAUAUUAAGAUGAUCGAGAUAAAUGAAACACUUUGUAUAUACAUACAUAUCUAGAACGUUCGACAGGUUCCGUGCAAACUUAUCAACAUGCUCGAUCCCUAAAACGAAGACAAAAAUGUAAUAUAAAUCUACAUCGAAGAAGCUUUCGAUAUAUCUUUCAACGUAACUGUUCACGACGAUACAUAACCUAACAGAAAGAGAAUCGAACACUCACGAAAAUUUACUAUACAAGAUUAUUAUAAACAUUUUAAUGGGGGAUUCUAGAGGCAAAAAUAAGACGAAAAUCAAGAAUACCAAUUUGUUGAUGGAGGCUUCGUUAAAAA